CUAGAUGUGAAAUUGGUGAGAGAAGCCCGCGGCUUGGUCUUCCAAAUUUUUCGAAAUCCACAAUUAGGGUUUCCUCGAACUUCUCCCUCUGGAAAAAUUUAGGGUUUCUUUUUGAGUCCCACAUUAAUUCGAUUUCAAGUGUGGAGCAGAGUCUCACAUGGCGACCGAAACCAUAGAGGAGAAGAUACCAGAAGCGGUGGAAUCUCCUCCGCUGAAGGAAGAAGAUGGUGUUGUUGCUAGUUCCGUCAAGGAGACGGAGAAAGGGGAAGAGGAGGAGAAGGUGCCUCCUGUGACUCCGAGGACUAAGAGGAUAAUAAAGAAAGUAGAGCGUCACAUUUUGUAUACUCCCUCUCGGUCUUCUGGGAGCAAGCCCGUGUCAAUUCAGCUGGGUCGUGGAACACGGCUUAAGGAGAUUCCAAAUGUGGCUUAUAAACUAUCCAAGAGGAAACCCGAUGAUAACCUCUACUUACUUCACACCAUUCUUUACGCCAAGAAAGGAAAGGCGCAGACGCUGAAAAGAAACAUCGGUCAAUUUUCGGGGUUUGUCUGGUCGGAGCAAGAGGAGGAGAAGCAAAGAGCAAGAACAAAGGAGAAGAUUGAGAAAUGUAUCAAAGAAAAGUUAAUUGAUUUCUGUGAUGUGCUUGACAUACCAAUAAACAAAAGUAAUGUGAAAAAGGAAGAACUAGCCGUAAGAGUGCUUGAAUUUUUGGAAUGUCCCAAGGCAACAAGGGAUAUAGUACUUACUGAUCCUGAUAAGGAAACUAGAAAACGGAAGAAGAGCACACCCAAAAGCGUGACUUCUGGAGAAUCAUCAGAUGUCCCUGCCAAGAGAAGAAGGCAGACAAAGGAAUCUGGCAAAAAGCAAGAUCAGCCAUCUAAUGACUCUCAUGGAGAAGAUAAUGCAGUUCCAGAGAAAGCAAACGACAAAAGCGAAGAUACUGAAACUGAAGAUGAGAAAGAUAAAGCUGAGGAGAAAAAGUCAACCAAUAAGAAAAGAUCGUCAAAAAGAACUAAGAAGUCGAAACCAGCACCUGAAGAGGAGAAAUCUCUUAAAGGGUCUGCAAAAUCUGGUCGAAAGUCCUCUAAACAAGUUGGUAAAUUAACUUCAUCAUCAAGCAAGAAACAAAAAGUCGAUGAAGACGAUUCCUCUAAAGAGAAAGGCAAGAAACAGACAAGUAAACCACAGGCAAAAGGAUCCAAAGAUCAAGGAAAAGCCAAUAAGAAAGGUAAUAAAAGAGAACCCACCAGAAAAGAAAUGCAUGUAGUGGUUGCCAAAAUUCUGAAGGAAGUAGAUUUCAAUACGGCGACGUUAUCUGAUAUUCUGCGGAAGCUUGGGAGCCACUUCGGAGUUGAUCUUAUGCAUAGAAAAACAGAGGUGAAGGAUAUCAUCACUGAUGCCAUUGACGAAAUGAGUGUUGAUGAUGAAAGGGAGGAAAACACAGAGGAUGAAGGUGAGACAAAGAAGGUAGACGAAGAGUGAAAGGGUUAGUUGUCUUUCAUCUCAUUUACCUCUUCAUGUGUGAAAUCCGUAGGGGUGAUUUACAAAAUGGGACUUGUUUGUACUUUGUUGUAUUAUGUAAUCAGUUAGGCUUCUUCCUCCGGCGUGUGUAGCUGUUAAGUUUCUAACUUAAUAUUCACAACUGAAUGAUUGGAUAUUUUGUGGAUUGGAUUUAAUAGGGAUGUUUGUAGUAAGGAUUAAAAUCUUAUUUGUCUUCUAUCUUUGCAUGUCUAAUGACAGUUAAUGCCAGAAA